CAACUAUUAGAAUGAUUUGCCAGCUCGAACACCGCUUGUUCAAGCUUUGAUGACUAUAAGGAGGAAGGAUUUAUUUCAGGAAUAUGAGUAACUUUCUCUUUGUUGCUCCUUCCAUGCCCCCACCACGUCCAAGCACAGCCACAACAAUGGCAUCUGAUUCUACCAGCGGCAGGCGUGUCCAUCGAAACAGGGACUUUCUCGAUAAACAUGGUCACCGCCAUCAUUCUUACGACCCAGAGAAAGCUCCGUAUCCUCUAAGUUAUGAUAGACAAGUCCUAGAGCUGGAAAACCUGGACCACAGCUUCGUUAUGCACGUCAAGAAAUCAGUUUCCGUCGUCCAGUUUCCAGAUCACAUCUUUCCAAAACGCUCUCUUGAUCUUGGUUGUGGGGAAUGGCCAGACUGCGAAUUCGUAAGUACCUCCAUUCUUGAUACCCGAAUGGAGUUUACAAACGCCACAAAGGUCGGGUUUGACCUCGUGGAUGUACAAGUCCCGUUUUCAUUACUGGAGCCAGAUAUUGCGAGUCGCGUCUCUUGGGUCCACGGGAACUUUCUGACGACGAAACUCCCGUUUGACGAUGACGAAUUCGACCAUGUUCACAUGCACGGCUUAGGCCGGGGUAUUCCUGAGAACAAGUGGGGUGUUCUUUUUGAGGAAGUGAACCGCGUCCUACGACCAGGUGGCGUCGUCGAAGUCCUCGAACAUGAUAUCCUAUUCCCUACACUGCCUACCUGGUUCACGGCACCUUUGCGAGCACGCAAUAAGCGUUCAGAUUCUGUCCACUAUCCCAACGGCUCGCAUCACCGCAAUGGCAAGACACCCUCGUCACAACCAGACAUCUCACCCCUACCUCAUGACCAUGUACUACUCGAAAGCUUGUAUUACGCUGUAGCUAUUCUCCCAAUAUAUUUCACCUCGAAUUUUCGUCGAGUAAUAUCUGCACCUAUUGUCCAUUUCCGCAUGCCUGCAUUACCCCCUUUACAACCAUUGCCACAACCAUUGCCACCAAAUGCGCUUCUCAUGGAAGCUUCGUUAUCCUCGGACAGAUCUGAAACCACCUCACAACCUCACGCGUCCACCACGCCUCGUCCCCUUGCCGUUUCAUUCUCGUCUACUCACUCCUCUGCUACGAGUAAAUCAGCGUCAUCAAGGGAAUCAUCGUUAUUCAGUAAUAUGGAGGGUUCUGCGCUCUCAUGCCCAACAACAAAUCCUGCAGAUUGCUCGCCACAUUCACCAGCGCUCUCGUGCGAUACGGCCAACACUUUGAGCUCAGAAACAGAAACAGCUCAUGUCAUAAAAAAACCGCUCUAUAUAGUUGAUAGUUCAGCGGCUGAGAGUACAUCUAUGGGCGUUGCAGCUUCACAGUCCUUGAUUCCUCUCGACGAGAUCGACAAGCUUGACGAACGUUCACUCGCUAUGCAAUUAUACUGGUCGUAUCAGAGUGUACUGGCAUGCCAAGAGGCUAUGUACGAAGAACUCUUGGAUCGCACGAGGAAUCGGACAGGGCAAUUGACAGAAUGGGGGUGGGACACCGAUCAGGAGCUGUCCGAACUGGAGAGUCGGACGAAGUUCGAGAUACUGAUAGACCGCUAUAAGCGUGAUAUGCAGGCGCGAAUAUCCUUGUGGUGCUCACUUGCUGAGCUGGGGUGGUCCGUUCCUCCGCGGGAGGCAAUGUCGAAGGCAGAGCUUGUGGAGGAGGAGAGACUCUAUCGGGCGAUGCUUGAAGCGCGACAAUUUGCCUCUGAGGAGGACCUGUACACACCUUCCCGGUCUGUGCGGAUACUCGUGGGUUAUAAGGAUGUACAGUGAUUUCACUGCUUCCUAGAUUGAUGUUUCUAUUCUCAUUCGUGUUAAUUGCUUUGGUAUUUAUGUAUAUUCCUCUUGGAGCGUUAACUCUUUCGAGGUUUAUCCGCUGCACAUAUGAGCUUAAAAGGUUGUUCUUGUAGCAAUACGUAUACGAGGUUUGUAUAGGGAUACCGUGUUCUGCUAUAAUAAUGAACAUGAUGAUUGAAAGUGAA